AUGGCAACGACGACGGCGCGGCCUAGUCAGGCCUACUCCAUCAUAGAGCGACACCGGGACCAGAACCAGAACCAGAACCGGAACCAGAACCGGAACCGGAACCACAACAGCCCCCAUUGGUACCAUACAGACACCGAGCACCACCAGAACCAGCCCUAUUGGUACCACCAGCCCUACCUGAACCAGCCCUACCGGAACCAGCCCUACUGGUACCACCAGCCCCAUUGCCAGCCCUACCGGAACCAGCCCCAUAGCCAGCCCUACCGGAACCAGCCCUACCGGAACCAGCCCCAUUGGUAUCACUGGACCCAUCAUAGCCAGCCCUACCAGAGCCAGCCCCAUAGCCAGCCCUACCGGAACCAGCCUCACUGGUACCGCCAGCCCCAUAGCCAGCCCUACAGGAACCAACCCCAUAGCCAUCCCUACCAGAACCAACCCCAUAGCCAGCCCUACCGGAACCAGCCUUACUGGUACCACCAGCCCCAUAGCCAGCCCUACUGGAACCAGCCCCAUAACCAGCCCUACCAGAACCAGCCCCACUGA